AUGGUGACCGAGAAGGAGCACGAGAAGCGAUGGUUUGAAGAGUUGCGGGGAGAGUCGAGCGACCGGCCUUUCCGCGCUGGGCUUGAGAGCAAGGCCCGUCGUCUCAUCUGGCCCCUGGACAAUACCGAUUUCGAACAAAUCACAGAGCUCUGCGCUCCCAACGUCAGACUUCUCGCGGAACUCAAAAGCCCCGGACAGAUCUACGAGGGCCUCGACGAGAUCAGAGAAUACUGCAAGAUGAACAGCGGCGAUUCGUACGAGCUCAUCACCAUUGUCGACCGCCUUCGCGUCAUCUGCCCCGUCGACUUCAUGUCUGACCCUGUGGAAGGUCGCACCAGCAUCAAGCAACGCAAAGUCAUUAUCCUGGAUAUGAAUAAUGAUCACAAGUUCGUUCGCAUCGAGAUGAGACCCCUCGGCCCGAAAGAGCUAGUGGAUUGGGAGGGCCUGGAGGUCAAAGAGCUCGAGGCUGACAACUCACUCUAA